GCUCAAGCUAGACCUAUGAAUUAAUGGUUUCCCACAGAAGGUGUGGGCCGAGACCUUCUACUACCUGGCUGAGAACAAUGUGAUAUUCGAGGGCAUCCUCCUCAAGCCCAGCAUGGUCACCCCUGGUGCUGAGUGCAAGGACAGAGCCACCCCUGAGCAAGUUGCCGACUACACCCUCAAGCUCCUCCGCAGAAGGAUCCCUCCUGCCGUCCCUGGCAUCAUGUUCCUGUCUGGUGGGCAGUCUGAGGUUGAGGCGACCCAGAACCUGAACGCCAUGAACCAGAGCCCCAACCCGUGGCAUGUGUCCUCCAACGCCAGGGCUCUUCAGAACACCUGCCUCAAGACAUGGGGCGGCCGGCCAGAGAACGUGAAGGCGGAUCAGGAUGCCCGACUUUUUUUUUAAGCUCUUUUUACGAAAGAUUCUUACAAAUACACCCCCGGCGGAACCAAUUCCAAAAGUGGACCCUUAGCUUGGUAGGUUUGAACUCAGGUCUUCAGGAUAAGAAGCCUACAUCCUAAACAGUUGAGCUAGAGCGUAGUUUGUUGCACACUCCUUGGAAUAAUUAUAUUUGUUUCUCGUUCGAAA